ACAAGGCCUAAUUAUAACCGGGACAAGUUCAUUAAUGGGGAGGGCUUAUGGCCCUGCUAAUGAACACAGUGAUCUUCAUAAUCGUAUGUGUAUAAAUCAGUAUGGCAUUUGUGUUCACACUCAGAGGGUGGUGGGUCCAGCCCGGGGGAGACCUCUCAGCAGGAUCAGACAGGGCCAGGGCAUGGCGAGACCCCUCAGGAAGACUGGGCGGGGUUAGGGAAUGAGGAGACCGAUCGGGAGUAGCAGGUGGGGCUACAGAGUAAGGAGACUGUGUCUCACCGCAGAGCUGCCCAUCUGCCCGCUGUCGUCAUUAAUGUUUCCACGCUCCCGCCCACCCUGUCCUCGGCCACCGCAUCGGGAAGAGGGAGAGCAGGAAGGUUUGUGUUCGUGAGGAGCUGGACAUGGAGAUCGCUGUGAAUUUAGUUUCGCUGUGAUGAGCCUUGGAGUUACUUGGGAUACCACUGAUAUUACCACAGCCUAUGUGGAGUCCAUAUUACUGUUGAUUACUUUCAGCGCAGGUUAUAUACUUUGUGUUUCUCCCUUCUGAAAGUCACAUUCCCACGAAGGCGACUUCCUUUGUCCUGCCCAUGUCACCGUGCAAAAAAGCAGGUUUGCCAUCGCCGUGCUCAACCUUUUAGCGGUUGCAGCAAAAUGGGAGGGGAAAGGCAACUCGCUCGGGUCUGGGGGCCUUUCUGAAUCUCCACAGCUGGUGGAGGAGGAAAGUCUCUCUCUGUGAACCUCAGCAAUUUCUCUGAAAAGGGGAACUGGGUGGACUAACAGCGAUAAUCUUUCAUUUCUAUGGAAUGCCCUCCAAAAGACGGCCAAGUGCUGGAUACUCCAGACAACAGGCACUCAGGAUGACCAACCAGGACAUGUGGAACUCCCCUUCACCGGCUCUGAUGGGGGAAUAAUAGCUUUCCCGCAGUACCCGGCGACCGUCCCGACCGUGACCGUAAUGCCUUCUACCCAGCUGCGGCAGAGGAGUUGAUAACAUCACCAGAUCGAUCUCUCUCGCAGGCCAGUGGAGCCGUUGGUGAGGAGUUUUCGGCUGCCGGGCUCCACACCUGGAGGACAGAGGAGACGCGGCACGAACUCGGGCGCGUGAGUCGAGGACGGCGGCGGGGAGGGGGUAGAGGGAGGACGCAGUGGGACCGGGCGGGAUGGCGUCCACCAGCAUGCAGAUCCUGGCCUUCAUUCUGGCACUGCUGGGUGUCUUGGGGGCCACGGUAGCCACACUGCUGCCCAACUGGAAGGUGAGUGCUGAUGUGGGCUCCAACAUCAUUACAGCCAUCUCCCAGAUGCAGGGACUGUGGAUGGACUGCACCUGGUACAGCACCGGCAUGUUCAGCUGCACCCUCAAGUAUUCGGUACUGUCGCUGCCCGCCUACCUGCAGACAGCCCGCAGUGCCAUGGUGCUCUCUUGCGUGCUGGCUACCCUAGGCCUCUGCCUUGCCACUCUGGGACUCAAGUGUGCCCGCUGGGGAGGUGGUCAGAGGGCCAAGGGUCGUGCCGCUUUGGCCAGCGGCUCCUGCUUCGUGCUGGCAGGAGUGCUCUGCCUGGUGCCAGCAUCUUGGUUCACCAACGAGGUCAUCACCAGCUUCUUAGACUCUAAUGUACCUGAGAGCAGCAAAUUUGAGCCAGGUGGCGCAGUGUACGUGGCCUUCGUAUCCGCAGGGUUGCUCCUGGCUGCAGGGCUGAUCUUCUGUGCAUCUUGCCCAGGGAAGAGGGAUGGUGCCCAGGAACUCACCAUCUCCCCUGCUGACAAACUACUGCAGCAGCAGAUACACCAGCAACAGCUGAUCCAGCAGCAUCUACAUCAACAGCAACUACAACAGGAGCAUCUUCACCAGGAACCACCUCACCAAAUGCGCCAGGAGCAGCAGCAGUGCUGCCCACCCACUCCAACGCACCCUCAGGAGGGCAGAGCUGAAUACAGUCUGCAGGACUACGUGUGACCUUCUCUUCAUCACUUCAUCUAGAGGACGCAGAGAGCGGGGAUUUCAUAGCUCAUUGGCUCGUCAUUCAUGAGGAGGAGCUGUGGGGGAGGCGGAGGCAGGAAACAUCGACUGGUACCUUUUCUGACUCCCCGCUCUUCAUUCUGUAGGGAGUGCAGAGGAGGCAUGGGUGCUUGCAAAGUUCUGGGGCAGUUUGCAAAUAUUCGAGCCACCCCACCCUUAUCUCUACCCAGCAAAAGCUACUGUGACUCUAGGCGGAAGAGCAUCGUCAUCAACGUACCAUCCAGCACCAGUAAACUGUGUGUAAAGGUCCUUAGAGAGAAGAAAGCAUUUGUGUAAAUGUGCAAUGGAGAGCAUUUUGUUUUUCUGUAGCUCACCAAAGGCUCAAGAAAUGACGGCUUGGUUGCUGCAGGGGAAAAGACUCGGAGGGGGGAGCCUGCUGUGAGCUGUGUAGCAGCAUUUGGAGUUCAGCUUUCUGCUGAGAACAAGCUAGCACGCUGCUCACCGGCGAGUUUAUGUAGUCAGCAGGUUACUAUCAUGCCUGUGUUGUAACCUUGACUAGACAACUUGCCUUCUUGUUUUAGAGGUGCAUGCUAUGCAAUUUAACUUUCAAAGCAGGUUAAAUCAUAGUUAUCCUAUAUGCUUUUUGUUGUAAAUCUGGUACUUUUAGUAUACGUAGAGCUCGACUCGAUCCAUGUCACCAUCCGGAGUACUUUAGUCACCACAGUGACCUUUUAAUCCCCACCACAUAAGAAGAAGGGAGGAGGUCUUGAGUAUUGGGGGUCAGUAUGAUGCCAAAAACUGUAAUAUGUGACUCACGGAAAUAGGAGGCUGCAGGCUUGUGACAGAGGGAGACCUCUCUCUGUGUGCUCAGCUGUUUCUCCGAAUGAUUUAUCUGCUCUAUUAGAGGCAUUCAAGCAAGAAAUCAUUUAAUAAUCUCCUGUUCGGUUGAGUCGGCAAGACAUCUAGAAAGGGAAUGCGUGUAGGGCACUCUCAGUGGGAUUUUGCAGUUCUCUACCACGCGCUUACAUGAAAUGUUCAUAUCAUCAUCUCAAUGCCAUUAUGUUGCGUGAAGAAAAUGAAAGGCGUGUGCCACUUAUGUGUGCUAGAUGAAUCUUAGUCUUAUGCUGGAAAAGAAGAUUCUGGUGGAAAAGAGAGCAGUUACCACAUACCUCUACCUCAAGUGUCACCGCUAACACUGUCUGUAAAAGAAUAACUAGGACAAACAUGCAAAUGGCAGGAAGCACACCGACACCCACACCAAACACACACAUUCAGGCAUGCAGUAUCAAACAUCCAGCUCCUUUCUCUGUGGGCUGUGGCAAACAGUAGGAGACACUUGGCAGAGUGCAGUCUGAGAUAAUGAUGUUCUUUGCUUUCCCCAUUAACUUCCCUUCAGCUGGGUGCACACCGCUUGUAAAUUCUAAACCCUCCACACACACACACACACACACACACA